UGUUCGUGUAUGCUGUGUUUACAAAUUCUGUGCCUUGACGAAAUAUCUAAUUGUCUUUGCAUCUAGACUGAUUUUACCUCUACAAACAUGCCGGAGAAAGGAGAUGAACCAUUUUCCAACCCCCUGCCUCCACCAAAUAGGAGGAUAUCCUAUGAGGAGAUGGAUGCAUCCGGAUCACAGACGUUGACAAAUGAAGACUUUCGUAAACUUCUGAUGACUCCGAGGUCAGCACCGAAAGAGGCUCCUCCAACAGCUAUGGCAAGAAACAAACAGCCAAUGCCUGUUGAGUAUGAAGAAAGUGAUGAUAAAGGGGCUUUGAGAAGAAAGAAAAAAAGCUACUAUGCGAAAAUCAAGAAGGAGGAACUUGAGAGGCAAGCUGAACUUGCUAAGAAAUACAGAGAUAGGGCCAGAGAAAGGCGUGAUGGUGUGAACAAGGAUUACGAAGAAACGGAAAUGAUUAGUACAACUGCAAACUACAAAGCAGUUGCCCCAGAUGUACAAUCUGGUGACACAGCUGCUAUCAGACGUCGUCAGGUGAUUGAAGAAUCCAAAUACCUUGGUGGUGAUAUGGAACAUACUCAUUUGGUGAAAGGGUUGGAUUAUGCAUUGCUGCAGAAGGUAAGAGCUGAGAUCACUACUAAAGAGAAAGAAGAGGAUGAACUGGAGCAUGUGUUUAAGCAGAAGAAAGAUGUGGAGAAAGAGGAGGAUGAGAAAAUACAGUUUAGGACUAAACUUGGAAAAAGCGUCUUUCGCACAUUAUUUCGUUCGAGGCAGCAUGAACGUAAUGAAUUAUUUUGGCCUGGACGUAUGGCAUAUGUUGUUGACCUUGAGGAUGAGUACCUAGAAAGUGACAUCCCAACAACAUUAAUCAGAAGCAAAGCUGAUCUACCAAAUCUAGAGUCGCAUACUACAUUGACAACCAACGAUAUCGUUAUCAACAAGCUGACGCAGAUUCUAUCAUACUUGAGACAAGGUGCUAGAACUAGUAAAAAACUAAAGAAGAGAGACAAAGCAGGCAAAGAUAAAGAAGAGAGGCGUGAAAAGCUGACUGGUGGUGAGGAGAAUAUAUUCGGUGACAUCGGUGACUACAUGCCCACAGUGAAGCCUGGUUCCUCAAGGGAGAAAGGUCGAGAUAGGGACAGAGAUUAUAAAAAGACAAAAAGUUAUUUUGAAAAGCCCAAAGAUGAAGAGCAUGAAGAUGACAGACAUGGUAAAUCUACGAAAGAUUUUGUGAAAGAUAUUCAUGACAGAUUUGGGAAGUCUAAAGAAACUGAUGCCCGUUUAGCUGCUGGAUGGGCUCCUGCGGAUCUCAAAUUAGAACAAGAAGCUGGGAAAGGCAAUCAAAAACCAUCAAGUAAGGAGGAUAAAGAUCGAGGGCAUGGUUCUGGGUACAGGCGAGAUGAAUCACGUGGUAAGCAGGGCAAGAGACGAGAUAAAGAUAUGUUUGUGCCAGAUAGUUAUGCUGAAUGUUACCCAGGAGCUAUUGAAACAGAAGAUGCUACAUAUGACAGUGAUGAUGAACCAGACUACAGUAAAAUGGAUUUAGGUAAUAAGAAGGGUCCUGUUGGACGAUGGGAUUUUGAUACACAAGAAGAGUACAGUGAUUACAUGAAUAAUAAGGAGGCACUGCCAAAAGCUGCUUUCCAGUUUGGAGUUAAGAUGUCAGAGGGCCGUAAAACUAGAAGAGCAGGGUUUGGUGAGAAGAAUGAAAAAGCAGAAUUGAACAGGGAGUGGCAAAAGAUCAGCAAUAUUAUUGCAAAACGAAAAGCCAGUGAAUUAAAGGGUGAACAUGUUAAAGUACCAAGAUACUAGGAGUGAAGAUUUCAAUUUUACAGUUCCUUGGAGUUCAUAGGCCUUCUGGUUGUGUCAUACUGCCUUCUGAUAGCUUCCACUGGUAGCUGAAAUUAAUGGGAUAAAUUACAUCAGCAAGAGAUGUUUUAAUGAUAUUUUUUGAAAUUGAUGAUCAGUUUUGUGGUAAAAUGGAUUUGAUGGGAGAUCGAAUUUUUAUGUGAUCACCACAAAGGUAUGGUUUAUGAAUAUGCUGAUUGAUACAUUGGAGUUUCACUCCAUGUGUUUAUAUGGAAGCACAUGGUUGUAAUUGUGAAAUUAAGAUCUAAUAAACAGUUAUAAAUAUGAAGA